AUGGCCAAUAUACUAUCGCUCCGCUCGCUGUUAGACAGCGACAAAUUUAUCGGAUCAAACUUUGAUAGUUGGUAUCGAAAGUUAAAGAUCAUCCUAGAGCAUGACAGGAUCCUAUAUGUGCUUACGGAUCCAGCAUCCGAAGAACCUACUGUGAAUCCACCCCAUGUGAUGAGAGAUACUUAUUUGAAGUGGUUCAAUGACUGCACGACUGUACGUUGUAUUAUUAGGGCAGCUAUGAACAAUGAACUUUACUUUAGCGUUAGGGUUUUGUAUAUAUCUGUUGCUAAGCUGAAGGAGCGGCACAUCGCCGCGAGCGCAGUGAACGGUCUGCACGAGAGGCUGAGACAGAGGCGGCAGGCGCUUCUCGACACCGAUGUUGUUGGGUAUGCUAAGAGCCAUGGGAAAACAGCGAUGAGCCUUGGUUCCACGGAUCUGGUUUGCUGUAGGACCAUGCAGGGUCAUGCAGGGAAAGUCUAUUCACUGGAUUGGGCUCCGGAAAGGAAUCGGAUAGUUAGUGCUUCCCAAGAUGGGAGAUUAAUUGUGUGGAAUGCGUUAACAAGCCAGAAAACACAUGCUAUAAAGCUUCACUGUGCAUGGGUCAUGACAUGUGCCCUUGGCCCCAACAGUCAGUCUGUUGCAUGUGGUGGUCUUGAUAGUGCAUGCUCUAUUUUCAAUCUCAAUUUUCAAAUUGAUAGAGAUGGAAAUAUACCAAUAUCAAGAAUACUUACUGGGCACAAGGGCUAUGUAUCGUCUUGUCAGUAUGUCCCAGAUCAGGAAACUCGACUAAUUACUAGCUCAGGGGAUCAGACAUGUGUUUUAUGGGAUGUUAGUACUGAUCAGAGGAUCUCUGUCUUUGGAGGUGAAUUUCCAUCAGGACACACAGCUGAUGUGUUGAGGUAA